UGAAUCAAUGUAGGAUGUCGAUAACGGACUCUGCAGCUGCACCUGAAAUUGAAACUGAGGGAGUCAAUGUCCUGAAAAGGAAUUCAGAUGAUGUGGGAUGGGAAUAUGGGGUUCUUGUUGAUGCUAACAACAAAGACAAGGUGAAGUGCAAGUUCCGUGGCAAGGUGAUGCAAGGAGGGAUUUAUCGGUUGAAGCAACAUGUGUCCAAUGAAGGAAAUAAUGUGAAGAAAUGCAAGGAUAGCACAGAGGAGGCUAAAGAGAAGUGCAAAAAAUCACUAAAUGAAUCAAAAAGGAAGAGGGAGGAGAAAAUUGUUCAAGAGCUCGAACUUAGAGAGGAAGUGAAUAUUUCUCGGGUUGGAGAUGGAGAGAAAGACGAAGUGACUUCUGUUGGAAGUUCAGAGCCUCACAAAUUAGGACCCAUGGACAAAUGGACAUGUGCCAUUGACCCUAAAGCAACAAAAAGUGAAUCUUUGAAGCAACCGAAGCUGAACAAGGAACUUUGGAAAGAAAGAACACAUGAGGUGUAUAAAUAUAUUGCAAGAUGGGUCUAUACACAUGCAAUACCAUUCAAUGCAUGUGACAAUGAUGAGUUCAAGCAAAUGUGUGAAGCAAUUGGACAGUUUGGAGCUGGAAUUGAACCUCCAUCUCAGUUUGAUCUGCAAGAGAAAUUGCUGGAAGAAGAAUAUGCAAGAACCAAGAGUUUGCUGCAAGAACGUGAAGCCGAGAAGGUGAAAAAUGGGUGCUCUAUUAUGACUGAUGCUUGGUCAGAUAGGAAAAGGAGAAGCAUAAUGAAUGUGUGCACUAAUUGUGCUGAUGGAACCAGUUUUAUCAGCUCAAAAGAGAUGUCAGAUGUGUCACACACAAGUGAAGUCAUCUUUGAACUAGUGGACCAAGCAAUUGAAGAUAUUGGGCCGGAUGAUGUGGUGCAAGUAGUGACAGACAAUGCUUCAAACAAUAUGGGAGCAAAGAAGCUAUUGCUUGCGAAGAGAUCACAUAUGUUUUGGACCUCUUGUGCAGCUCACACAAUCAACUUGAUGCUCCAGGGAAUUGGCAACAUGCUGCGGUUCAAGAAGGUGAUUGACCGAGCAAAGGCAUUCACCAUAUUUAUCUAUGGACACACAAGAACAUUGGAGUGCAUGAGAUACUUCACGGAGGGGAAAGAGAUAAUUAGGCCAGGAGUGACUAGAUUUGCUUCAGCCUUCCUCACUUUGAACAACAUGCUAGAGAAGGAGGACCAGUUAAGAAAGAUGGUGGUUCAUAGUAGGUGGGACACAUUGAAGGAUGUGAAAUCAAAGAAAGGAAAAGAUGCCACAGCAAUUAUAUUGAAUCCAGCCUUUUGGAAGGAUGUCAAGCUAACAUUGAGUGUUUUUGAGCCAUUGGUCAAAGUUCUCCGUUUGGUUGAUGGGGAUGUGAAGCCGUCCAUGGGUUUCUUAUAUGGAGAACUACUAAAGGCAAAGAGAGAGAUCAAAGAGGCCUUUGGAAAUGUUGAGUCCCGUUUCAAGGAUGUCAUUGCUGUCAUUGAGAAGAAGAUGAAAGGAAGACUUGAUUCUCCAUUGCAUUUGACUGCUUAUUUGCUCAAUCCAUUCUAUAGUUAUGGUGACCCAUCAAUCUUUGAUGAUGCCACAAUAAUAGAAGGAUUUAUCAGUUGUGUGGAAAUUUUUUAUCACCAUGAUGAGGAUAAGCAAGAUCAGGCUGUCAGCACUGAACUAAAGAAGCUUCAGAAUAGAGAAGGACCAUUUAACAAGAAGCUUGCAAGGAGUUGCCAAAACUUUGAUUACAACCCAGCAUCUUGGUGGCGGCUAUAUGAAACUGAAACACCAGCUUUACAAAAGAUGGCUACAAGGAUUUUAUCUUUGACAUCAAGCUCUUCUGGUUGUGAAAGAAAUUGGAGGGGGUUUGAAAUGGUACACACUAAGAAGAGAAAUAGGCUUACUACAACUUGCCUCAACAAAUUGGUAUUUAUUCAAUUCAACUCCAAGAUGAUUAAUAAGAAAGAAAAGAUCAAGGCAAAAAGGAUCAGUGAUGUUCUCUUGUCUAGUGACACAACUGAAGCUCAAGGUUUUCUGCAUGAGGAUGGAGAUGACUGUGCACUUGUUGUCUAUAGAGAUGAAGAUGAGGAGAUGGAAGGUACAUGGAUAUCUUGGUCUGCUAUUGGAGAGGCAGUGGGAGCAGAGGAACAACUUGAGCUGCGUAGAAGUGCAAGAGUGAGACAGCUGUAUGAAGGAGAAGAAUUUGACUCCGAAGAACAAGAGUUUGAAGAAGAUGAGGAUGAUCGAAUGGAACCCUAUUGAAGAAGAUAUUGCAGUGGGGCUUUAUCUGUUUAUCAUGCCAUGUUAUCGUAUCUAUUUUCUGAUGCAUUCAUGUGAACUGUCUUAAACUUAUGAACUAGUGUGUGACUGUUUUUUCAAUUUACUGCUAUCCAACUUGUGUGGUGUAAAAUAUGUAAUUGCUGUCCAUCUUGUGAUAUAACAUAUGUAAUUGCUUGCU